AUGCCACAGAAUUCAUUCUCAAAUUAUCCACCAGGAUUUCAGCAAUCAUGGCAACCAAAGCCUCAACUUUCUUCCUCCAAUUCAGGAGACUCUUUGGAGGAUAUUGUCAAGAGCCUGACCACGAGUAUUGCUCAGUUCCAGCAGGAAACUAGAUCAGGCAUGAAAAAUCUGGAGACUCAAAUAAGUUACAUGACAACGGCAAUUAAUCGCUUAGAGUCCCAAGUUUUCGAAAAAUUGCCAUCGCAACUCGAGACAAACCCCAAGAAUGUAAGUGCCAUGACAUUGAGGAGUGGCAAGGAAGUGGAGGGGCCUAAAGCCACGUACCUAAAAAGUAAAAGUGAAGAAGAAAUCGAAAAGGAGAUUGAAGAAGAAGGGCGCAUUCGCGAAGACCCUAAGUUAAAAUUUACUCCUUCAACUCCUAUUAAAUCUAACUUACCUCCUUUUCCUUACAGGUUGAAAAAGACAAAGAAGCAAAAUAAGGAAAAAGAGAUUCUAGAGAUGUUUCGAAAGGUGGCAAUCAAUAUCCCUUUGUUGGAUGCGAUCAUGCAAGUGCCAAAAUACACUCAAUUCUUGAAAAACUUAUGCAUCAACAAGAAGAAGUUGAGGGGGGAUGAACAAAUUGCAGUAUGUGAGAAUGUUUCAGCGAUUUUACAAAGGAAACUACCACCUAAAUGCGGAGAUCCAGAAAUAGGGAUAAUAAUUCAAUUGGCUGAUCGUACAUUUAUUUAUCUGGAUGGGAUAGUUGAGGAUGUUUUAGUGCAAGUAGAUGGAUUAAUUUUUUCUGUUGAUUUUUAUGUGCUUUACAUGGAUGAUAGAAGUGCUCCAAAUCCAUCACCCAUUAUAUUAGGAAGGCCAUUCUUGAGUACUGCCCAGACUAAAAUUGAUGUUAGUAAGGGUACUCUCACGAUGGAAUUUGAUAGAGAAAUAGUCCACUUUAAUAUUUUUUAUACAAUGAAACAUCCUGUUAACUCUCAUUCUGUAUUUGCUAUUCAUGCUACUAAUCCCUCUGUGCAAGAAUUUUCUGAGUUUGCUUGUAGGGGUAAAUUCAAAGUUGCUGCGAACAAGUAUCAUGGAAUGAAAGCAAUUCAUGAGGUGAAAAUGGGUAAAAAAUUAAGGAAAAAUAUUGCACUCAAUGGCUAUUUGGAUCCCGAAGGAGGGCCACCGAUUACAAGAAAAAUUGAAUUAUAUCCAAACUGA